UCGGGCACGAGUGGAGGGGCUGGACUAGACUUAGAGCGAGCCAUCAACAAAGGAUUUUCGCUUAUGACCGAAGUCGAUGUUGAGAUUGCUAAAGCCCUCGGCAAAGAAGCUAGCUUUUGUGGACUAAGAACUGCAGAAAGUGCAGUCUGUGCACAAGAACCCUCUAAUACGCGUCCACAUUCGGCAGUAGAAGACGAUACUUGUAGAGCUGAACUGCUGCACCAGUUAUCGACAGUGCGUCUACAUUGCCACGUAUGGUACCAUAAUUAG